AUGGCCAUGGAGCUUCAGCCGCCCGACGGUCGCAAACGUGUCAAGGUCUACGAACUGAGGGAUAAUGACUGGUUUGACCGCGGCACUGGUUUCUGCACCGGCCAGGUCCUCGAUGAAAUCCCCCGAAUAUUCGUCGAAUCCGAAGAUGAACCCAAUCGUGUCUUGUUGGAAACCAAGAUCCUUAAGGAGGAUGGCUAUCAAAAACAGCAAGGUUUCUGUCCCACUGCAUCCGCCCAACUCGUAUCACCGACGAUAAAGUAUCUUUUGACUGACUUGUAUCACGCGAUCAGAGACCUUGAUUGUCUGGACGGAGCAGAAUGGCACGGAUAUGGCGCUGAGUUUCCAAGAGGCCGAAGGAUGCGCGGUGAUCUGGUAAGGCACUUCCAACACUUCUCCGCCGUGGAUUUCGUGCAUACCGUUCAGCAACAGCUUCUUAGUUUAGCAACUGCCGAAGGGGAUCCACCUGCGAUAGAUGAUGCACUCUCCGAUGACCUCGAAAGCUACCAAACGAUCAUAUUACCAGCCCCAGAAUUGGGCAACCUCGCCGAAAUCGAGCAGAUUGUACGGGCCGCCAGUAUGACGCAACCCGGUCGCGACGCGCUAUCCAAGUUCAUCAUCCGCGACGAGUACAUUGGCAAGCUAGUUCCAUUGGUCACAAUGGCUGAAGAUCUUGAAAGCUUGAUGGACUUACACCGACUAUGCAACAUUAUGAAAUCCCUCAUCCUCUUGAAUGAUAACACCAUUAUUGAGACCGUGGUUGCAGACCAAAUUAUCUUGGGAGUUGUCGGGGCUCUGGAAUAUGAUCCCGAAUUCCCGGCGCUGAAAGCAAAUCAUCGACAGUAUCUAGCGGACCAGUCGCGUUACAAAGAAGUCGUUCCCAUCAGAGACGCGUUGAUCCGCAGAAAGAUUCGAAGCACUUGGCGAUUACAAUACCUCAAGGAUGUGGUUCUUGCCCGGAUUCUAGACGAUCCGACAUUCUCAGUCCUGAAUUCCUUGAUCUUCUUCAACCAAAUGGAAAUCGUCAAUCACAUUCAAGCGAACGCUCCUUUCCUCCGAGAACUCUUUUCCGUCUUUGAUCCCAGAAAUGCCGACGCCAAGCGGAAGGAUGAUGCUGUGCAAUUCCUUCACCAAUGCGCUGCGAUUGCGAAGAAUCUGCAAGCUCCCUCGCGCGCUCAGCUGUUCGCCAACUUUAUCAGUCACGGCCUUUUCGCCGUUAUCGCAUUCGCCGUGAAGCACCCAAACCCAGCUAUGCGCACAACCGGAAUCGAUAUCUUGGUGGCGCUACUAGAUCAUGAUCCGCUGUCAACGAGAAGAAGACCCCCCCUUACCGAUACCCUCAUAGACCUGCUGCAUGCUGAGACCGAUCUCGGCGUCAAAAACCAACUAGCCGAUGCCAUUAAAAUCCUGCUUGACCCCCAGAUACCCCUGCAGGACCCUCUUGGUCGGGCUGGUCCCGAUUACUUCAAACUCCGUUCUUCCAAUAUCCUCUCCGACGCAUUUGUUCAACAACACUUCGACGAGUCUUCCAAACGAAUUUUCCAGCCUCUUAAACAGCUUGCUGGCCGUGACUCCCUUGAUGAUUUGACGUUCCAAGAAGUUACGCUAUACGCGCAUCUUGUCGAUAUUCUCACUUUCUUUGUUCGUCAACAUCUUUUUCGGACGCGGAAUUCCAUCCAAAGUGAAUCACUUGCUCCUCGAGUCGCUCAGCUUCUCACAGCUCCUCAAAAACACCUGAAGCUAGUUGCUCUUAAAUUCUUUCGUACCUUGAUCAGCCUCCAAGAUACCUUCUACCAGGCUUUAAUGACACGCAAUAACACCUUUGGCUUGAUUCUGGACAUUGUUCUGGAGACCAUGCCGCGUGACAAUUUGCUCAACUCCGCUUGUCUUGAGCUAUUUGAAUUCAUCAAGCGGGAAAACAUCAAACCGUUCAUACUGCACGUGGUGGAGAAGUACCGUGAGAAGCUCGAGCAAAUUACCUACGUGGACACAUUCCAAAGCUUGUGCAUCCGCUUUGAGCAGCUCCAAGGCUACAGUGCCGAGGCCGAGGCCGAUUCCACCUUGUUCAGUCAGGAAGAAGGAGGUGCAGCGCGCAGGAUUCCCUUGAAUGGCCAACGCUGGCAAGGCGUCAAGGGAUUGGAUGCUGACGAGGAGCGAUACUUUGAGACGGGCGACGACGAUGAUGAAGAUGAAUGGACAACUCAAGAUGAUCGGGGCUCUCUGGCUGUUGGAAUACCAAACGGAUCAACCCCCCUUAUGGUCAAGCCAUUGGUGGAUUAUCCUGAUGAUGAUGAAGAUGACGAUGAGGAUACCAUGGAUACCACAAAACCUGAUGACGUUGCAAACGCUUCCCAGAGCGAGGUUGCUGAUGUCGACGAGGAAGCAGGUUCAAAUCCUCCAUCGCCAGCCCAGACACCCCCGGCUCCAGAACGACUUGCAGAGAAACGUCGACGUGAUGAUGAAGACGAAGAUGAACUAGUCAAACUCGCGGCGGGACCAAAGCGUCGCAGCUCUACCAGCAGCAAUUCUAGUGCCGGGGCUCUCAACCGCAAGAAGAACCUGUCAAUCGGGUCAAUAGGCUCGGAGAAAGGCGUUGGUAGCUUGAGUGGUAUUGCCAGUGCCGGCCCCAAGAGGAUUGCCAUCAAUUUAGGACCGGCCAAGACGACCGCCUCCGAAGCCGACAAAUUGUGCACAGAUGUGUCGACCGACGGCAACGAGAAAGAGAACAGAGACGACAGUCAAGGCGAUGAGGACGGUUAA